AUGGUUGAGCAACCUACCAUCCAGUCCGCAGACACAGAUGGCAACGGACCAGCGAAACGUCGACGAAGACCAGCACUAUCAUGCGUCGAAUGUCGCAUGCGCAAGGUGAAAUGCGACCGAGGAAAGCCUUGUGGUGCAUGCACUAGGAUCAAAUCAGCGACAUGCACGUUUAGACCUCCACGUCCGGGGAUUCGGACAGAAACCCAAAGGUCACCCGAGGACGAUGCCUCCACAGGUCACAGCAACGAUCACGACCAAAAUCCGGCUCGCUCUUCUCCUGAGGCGCCCGAGCUUCCCAGUCAGUUUGAUGCAAUCGUCAAUCGUUAUGUGGCACCCGGGCUUCUUGGAGAAUGCGACGGCCAGCCAAAGCCUCUGCCCUCCAAUAAACCGGCUUUUGGCUUGAACUCGCACUCGGACUCUGCGCAAGCUUCUAUCAUCAACAGCUUGUUGGAUAGGAUUCAGGGUUUGGAAGAACGACUGGCGAGGGCUACUCUGAACGAUGACCCAAGGACUAGUACGUCGCCGGGACGGGAAAGUGCAAGUGACACAAGCGCCCAGUUUGUAAAGGCAAAGUACUAUGGUCAGAGCCAUUGGAUGAACGCUAUCGAUCCUUAUGACGCUCUCGGUGAUACAAACACUACAACGAACCACAAUACAAACAGGAAAGAGGUGAACAAAUCGACUGAGCUGUAUGCUACUGUCUCAGAAGUCAAGCGAAUGGCUCGCAUCAUCAAGGCCUCUCGCAUGUCGCAGCCUUCCAUCUCUCCAGAACUGCAGGCGUGCAUCCCUCCAAAAGAAAUCAGCGACGCACUAGUCGACUGCUAUCUCCGUACAUUCGAAGGUGUGUUUCGCGUACUACAUGUGCCUUCCUUCAGAAGAGUCUACGAUGCAUAUUGGCUCGGCACCACGCCUGCCAAGCCGUCCAUUAUUCAUAAGUUUCUGCUGGUAUGCGCAAUUGCCGUGCCGUUCUACACCGGACCCGACCAAGCCAAGCUUCGCGUCUCAGCUGCGAAGUGGAUCCACGCUGCAGCGGAAUGGCAGUGUGCACCUCAUGCAAAGUCGCGGCUCAACAUGAUAGGACUGCAGAUACAGAUAUUGAUUCUGAUCGCACGUCAAGUAUGUGGCAUCGAUGGUGACCAUAUAUGGAUACCUGCAGGUACGAUGUUGCGGACGGCGAUGCAUCUCGGCUUACAUCGCGACCCGUCUCACUUCCCAAAGAUCAGUGUCUAUCAUGGCGAGAUGCGACGCAGACUCUGGGCUACCGUUCUGGAAAUCACGGCGCAGAGCAGCUUGGACAUGGGCAUGCCGCCUAUGAUCUCCGUGAAUGACUACGAUACAAAGCCACCGUCCAAUAUCAACGACGAAGACAUGGGAAACGGCAUAGAUACGCCACUCGAUGUGAAGCCAGCAACCGUAUUCACGGACAGCAGCAUACAGAUUGCUUUUACACAGACCCUUCCCACACGCCUUGAGAUCAUUAGGGUAAUCAACAACCUGCGCUUCGACCUAUCAUACGACGACGUACUGCGUAUCGGCACCAAGCUCAUCAGCGUCUGUCGCGAGAAAACGAUAUUCUUCAAAUCAGCAUUAGCAGCAGGACAAAACAUCACGCCGUUCAAGAUCAAGAUGUCCGAUACGCUAGUACGACGCUUCGUCCUCUGCCUCCACCGCCCCUACUUUUCCAAAGCAAACGAGAACCCACGCUAUCAUUACUCCCGGAAGAUAUGUCUCGAUACUUCAUUAGCGAUCUACGCACCAGCAACUGAGCUGGCACCGGGAGAAGAGGACGAUUGGACGCGCAUGACGCACCGGUGCGUGGGGUUCUUCAAGUCGUUCUUCCUCUACGCCAUGUCAACCGUUUACUACGAACUCAACUCUCAGAUCAACGAAAGGAAAGAAGAAUUGGCGCUAUUCGCUCCCCUUGUGUCCACACACCCAACCACAACAUCAUCAUCUACAGGGUUGACAUCCUUACCACCACAGUACCACGCCCUACGUCAAGUCCUAGAAUCAUCCCGACACACAGCAGUAUCCCGCGUCCAAAAUGGCGAAACGAAUGCAAAGGGCGUUGUCUUCAUCAACUGCGCACUAGCACGUAUCGACGCUUUAAUAGCCGGCACCGACCCUGAAGUAGCUGUGCUCGAAACAGCGAAAUCAUCCACCAAAGAAAUGAGCCAGAUACUAGCAUCAGUAUACCGCGAAGAGCACGGCGAAGACAUCGACCUCAGUCCCUCCAGCAGCAGCUUCGUAGGGAGAGAGCAUGGUCGAGGCGAGGGCGCUGAUGACGUUACUGGGAAGCAUCUACCUACUGGUACUGGGGCCCAAACCGGCAGCAGCAACAGUAUAGAUUUCCCUCGUUUCGACGGUACGAUGGACGGACUGAGUAUGCUGGAUAGCGAUCUGGGAGAUGUGAACAUGGGAUUGGAUAUCGAUAUCAAUGCGUACAUGCAGGGGUUACCCAUGGAUUCCGUGGAUGGUUUUCACUUUGGAAGGAGUCCGGAGUGGUUCUAUGAUCUUGAUGGGUGGGCUGCUGGUAGUAGUUUCGGCAACCCUGGAUAUGGUGUUUAG